AUGUAUGGUCAAAGGGCCUUAGGGAAGAAUGUGAUGGAUAUUCGACAGCACAAUUGCAGAGCCAAAAAUGAUAUUGAAGUCGGAGACAACAUGAUGAUCAUGAACAUCGCACCAAGCGCAUUUUUUACCAACUGCGCCGAGCUUAUUGCUGGUGACCGCAUAACGAAAAUCAACGGUACGCCCGUGAAGACAAAGGCCGAAGCAGUCGCUGCGCUAAAGGGCUGUGUGGGAAACGAUGUCAAGCUUGAGUUGUUACGGCGUCAAUUCACUAGCCCAGUAACGGCAGAACGAGCCAAGAAAAUAGGUUUAACACGUCUGGAUGGAUUUACUUACUUCAUGCUCACUUGUACAAAAGAUUCAACUGACCCUGUCUCAUCGUUCGGUUUCACACUCAAGCUACUCAAGAAUAGAGCACACGUCAUUGCGUUGGACCCCAAAGGAAUAGCGUCGAUUUAUUUUUGCAUUGGCGAUGCAUUAUUGGAUCUUGAUGGCACACCAAUCCCAUUUAAUGAUAUCGAGUUCGUACGAGGUUACACGCAAAAAUUCAACAAGUUAGUUUUUCGUUUUUUAUUGAGAUAUACGCAAUUUUACAUAUCAUAAAU